AUGGAGGAGAGGAUAAAGAAGAAGCGACACAAGAUCGUGCAGGCCAAGACCGGCUCGUCCAAUGCCAUGAAGGUCGUCUUCAACAAGUUUGAUUUCUCCAAUUCAUAUAUAUGGUUUGAGUUCUACAAUGCUCUAUUGCCAAAAGAUGUGAAAUUAAUUUGUGAUACUCUGCGAUCAUGGCAUAUACUUGGACGCCUUGGUGGGUGCAAUUCCGUGAAUAUGCAGCUAUCACAGUUGAGUUUAGAUUGUAAAAGACCAACUUAUGAUGCUCUUGAAGCAGCAAACGCCACACCAACAUCCUUUUACAACAUUGGUGAUCUAGAGAUUCAAGAGAACCUAGCACGUGUCUGGGUGGACAUUGGUAUUCAAGAUCCAUUGCUUUUGGACAUCCUGCUUAAUUCAUUAACCACCAUAAAUUCGGAUCAUCUGGGCAUUAAGGAAGUACAGUUCGGAGGGUCAGAGUUUCAGAGCUGGAACGACGGCUUGAAUACUGAAGAAGCUGGAUACAGUGUCCAGAAGAUCUAG